CUACAGUCCCUUCAUGAAUCCUCGGAAGAAGGUGGAUCUGAAGCUCAUCAUAAUCGGAUCCCUGGGGGUGGGGAAGACUUCGCUCCUCCACCGGUACGUGCACAAGACGUUUUCCGAGGAUUACCAGACCACCCUCGGGGCCAGCAUCCUCUCCAAGAUCAUCAUCCUGGAUGACACAACACUGAAACUUCAGAUCUGGGACACAGGUGGACAAGAGCGGUUUCGUUCCAUGGUGUCCACGUUCUACAAGGGCUCUGAUGGCUGCAUCCUGGCCUUUGAUGUCACUGACCUGGAAUCCUUUGAAGCCUUGGAGACCUGGAGAGGAGAUGUCCUGGCCAAAACCAUUCCCAUGGAGCAAUCCUACCCCAUGGUGGUGCUGGGCAACAAGGUCGACCUGGCCGAGCGGCAGGUGUCCCAAGAGGUAGCCCAAGGUUGGUGUAAAGAAAAGGAUAUUCCUUACUUUGAAGUCAGUGCCAAGAGUGACUUCAAUGUGGUCCAAGCCUUCGAGAUGCUGGCCGGUCGGGCUCUGUGCAGAUACCGGAGCAUCCUGGACAAUUACCUCACAGACUCCGUCAAGCUCUCCCCCGAAGACCCGUCCCAGAGGCGAUGCUGCUAGUCCUGACUCCCUCGGAGCCACUGAGCCUGGUCACCCCAGGCCCCAC